CAAUUGGUGUGGGUAUAGAUAGCAUUUUGAAGUUGUGCAUGGUGCUGUCGUCGCUGUGUUGCCGUCGUGUGGCCGUAUCGGCAGUACGUCUCAGUCGAACUGCAUCCACAACUCGACUAUUUCGUCCUGUUGGCAGAUGGAACCGCCAUCCAUUCACAGCAACCUACUCGACGUCGCGAGACCUUCCCGCGUCCACUCAAUCCCCUUCUUUCCAAACCACACCGGCUUCGUCGCCGCCGUCACGGCCGCCGCACAAGCUCGAUGCCACGGAAAUGGCUGCAUUGGCACACACCAAGAACCACAUGCGGGACCUCUGUAAUCGCGGGGAGUUCGCGGCAGUGGUGCAGGAAGUGGCGAAAUGGUAUCAGCCACUGGCCAGUGCAUUGCAAGCAGGUGGCCACCAUAGAAUCAAGCGCCAGUCGAAGGCAACCACGGCCCCGCCACCCCUCUCCUCUUCUCAAGUCCUCUAUAACGCCGAAAUGACGGCCCAAGUUGAGAGCGAAGCGAUGGCGCUGCUGGUCCAACACCGCGCCACGGACGCCGCGCUCUUGUUGUUCGACAACUUGCACGAGAUGGCGACGGCGUCCAGCCUGGUCAUGCCAAAGCGCCAAACCAUGUCCUUCAUCCUCGGCGUACUCACCUUCAACCGCCAGUUCAGCCGCGUCCUGCGCGCGUACGACCUAUCGACGUCUCUCUCCAUCUUCCCUACCGAGAGCAUGAACGCCAACUACCUCAGCGCUUUGGUCCGGACGACCCAAUUCGACGUCGCCGCCAGCGCGUGGCGUACGAUGUGUGCCCGCAAGUACCCGCGGGGGCUCUACGCCUACCGGGAGGCGCUGCACAUCUUCAGCACGCUGAACGACGCCAAGGAAAUCAUGGCCAUCCUGGACGACGUAGACAUCCACGGCAUCAAGCUGCGUGAAGUUGACUAUGCCCGCGCCAUGUUGGGCCUCGCGUCGGCGAUUCGCGCCGACGUCGACCAAAGCUACGCGUCGGACUGCGCCGAUUUGAUCUUGGACUUGUAUGAGAAGAUGCAAACGUUUGAAAACAUCCCGCCGACGUCGCCGGAACUGUUUGGCAGCGUCAUGGAGGCCGCCGUGUACAUCCACGACUUUGACAUGGCGGUAACCGUGUACGAAGACUUUGGGCGCCUUCCCUAUCGGGCCAAGAGCGUGGAUUAUAUCAGCGGACCGUUCGUGGAGGCCCUCAUAAGCUCGGGCCGCAGCAACAAAGCGAUGGACAUGCUCCAGAACGCGCAUGCGCAAAAGCAUCACCUGAAAGCGUCGACGAUCGCCGGUCGGGUGGCAUUUUACUACGCUAGCCGCGACCUGGACGCCGACUUAAUGGCGGUGUUGGCAGCCUGUCCGCCAUCCCUCCGUCUCAUCUUUCGAAGCGACAAGGAAGCCAUGACGGUGCUGCACAAAGUAACACGGACCAUGACCAUGCACGAAGUGGACCUGUGGACAUUUCUCGCCAGUCGCAAGGAGCUGCUCAGCCUGGACACGCACUUAUGGUGGUGGAAGGCGCUCAAUAUGGCCGAAGGCGCCAAGAAGUGGCGACUCCUUCGCCUCAUGCUUACUGACCCGCUGUGUCCGCCCCAUGUUGUGAAGCCGCAGCAGUGGCGCUCCAUGCUCAAGAACUGCGCGCGUCGCGUCGGCCCCGACGACGUCGAAGGGCACGCGUUUGUCGUGUACGUGGCUAAACGACUUGGGACACGGAACGAACUCACGCCGGCGCAGCUUGAAGCGCUCGUGACGGCGUACUCGCUCACCAACGACCACGCCAGCGCCAUCGCGACCUUUCGGCAACUCCACAAGUUGAACCUGUCGUCAAAACAACCACCGACGCAAGCGACCGUGACCGCGUACGAAAGUGCGAGGAAGUCGUUUGUCAACCUUGGGUACGACGCCGAAGCCAACCAGAUCGACGCGAUUUUGACAUUGCAGCACCACGUGGUACCCAAAACGUAGUACAGGUUUAUUAGAUUCGUCUAUUUUUUCCAUUGCAAUAGACAAAAAACCCUCAAAAGGACUUAGCUGUACCCGUACUACUGUAUAUACAUCCUGCGGGACCG